GAAAAGGCGGCGCGCGGGCCGCAGCGGCAGCUCCUCGGCGACCCGCACUUACCAGUGUGCGCCCCGGUGCAACCCUGGCUUUCCCUCCUCUGGACGCCGGUGCCCACUUCAUCGUCCGCAACCAGAAGCCCAGUGCAGCCCCCGGAGCCCCCUCUGCACCGCCGCCGCUCCCCGGACCACGACCCAGGCCGCCCCGAGAUGACCGCGACCGGAGCCCUCCUGCCCGUCCUCUUGCUCCUGCUGGCUUUCGGCCACAGCACCUAUGGGGCUGAAUGCGACCCAGCCUGCGACCCCAAACAUGGAUUCUGCGAGGAUGACAAUGUUUGCAGGUGCGAGAUGGGCUGGGAGGGCCCCCUGUGUGACAAGUGCGUAACCUCCCCUGGCUGCAUCAACGGACUCUGUGAGGAACCAUGGCAGUGCUUCUGCAAGGACGGCUGGGAAGGGAAAUUCUGCAACAUAGACAUGCGGGCUUGCACCUCAACCCCCUGUGCCAACAAUGGAACCUGCGUGGACCUCGAGAAGGGCCAGUACGAAUGCUCCUGUGCUCCUGGCUUCUCUGGAAAGGACUGCCAGAACAAGGAUGGGCCCUGCGUGAUCAAUGGUUCUCCCUGCCAGAACGGAGGGGCCUGUGUGGAUGAUGAGGGCCAGGCCUCUCAUGCUUCCUGCCUGUGCCCCCCUGGCUUCUCGGGCAAUUUCUGCGAGAUCGUUAACAACAGCUGCACCCCUAACCCAUGCGAGAACGAUGGCGUCUGCACCGAAAUCGGGGGCGACUUCCGUUGCCGCUGCCCAGCUGGAUUCGUCGACAAGACCUGCAGCCGCCCGGUGAGCAACUGCGCCAGUGGCCCGUGCCAGAACGGGGGCACCUGCCUCCAGCACACCCAGGUGAGCUACGAGUGUCUGUGCAAGCCCCCGUUCAUGGGUCCCACGUGCGCGAAGAAGCGCGGGGCCAGCCCUGUGCAGGUCACCCACCUGCCUAGCAGCUACGGGCUCACCUACCGCGUAACCCCCGGGGUGCACGAGCUGCCAGUUCAGCAGCCCGAGCACCACAUCCUGAAGGUGUCCAUGAAAGAGCUCAACAAGAGUACCCCUCUCCUCACCGAGGGACAGGCCAUCUGCUUCACCAUCCUGGGUGUGCUCACCAGCCUGGUGGUGCUGGGCACCGUGGUCAUCGUCUUCCUCAACAAGUGCGAGACCUGGGUGUCCAACCUGCGCUACAGUCACAUGCUACGCAAGAAGAAGAACCUGCUGCUGCAGUACAACAGCGGAGAGGAGCUGGCGGUCAACAUCAUCUUACCCGAGAAGAUCGACAUGACCACCUUCGACAAGGAGGCUGGAGACGAGGAGAUCUAAGCAACGUCCCCCUAGGUCCCUCCAUAGUAUCGGGGUUCCGCAGCGCUUGCUAUAUGCGGUCUGUGCUUCUCUUUGUGGCAGAGCUUGCUCUCUUUUGUGUGAAAUCUAGUGAACGCUAUGCUUACAUGUGUUGUCUUUGCAUUGCUGUGUGACGUGCUGCCAUGCUAUCUAAGAACCCCAUUCCUCCCUCUCAAUGCAUGCUAAUGAAUAAUAAUAAUAAGAAUUUCAUCUCUAAA